GGCACUGCGGCCGCAGCGCCGCCGCUCCCCGGCGGAAGGCAUGGAGGGCAGUCAGGAGAUGUCCCCCUCCUCAAACAAUUCCUCCGAGGAGCUCAGCUCGGCCCCGCAGCUCACCAAAGGGAUGUCGAUCUUCCUCGAUAUACUGAGAAGAGCAGACAAAAAUGAUGAUGGCAAACUGUCUUUUGAGGAAUUCAAAGCCUACUUUGCUGAUGGAGUCCUAAGUGGAGAAGAAUUGCACGAGCUUUUUCACACCAUUGAUACACACAAUACUAACAACCUUGACACAGAAGAACUCUGUGAAUAUUUUUCUCGGCAUUUGGGAGAGUAUGAAAAUGUGCUGUCUGCCUUAGAAGACCUAAAUGUUUCUAUACUGAAGGCAAUGGACAAAACAAAGAAAGACUAUCAAAAGGCCUCUAACUUGGAACAGUUUGUGACUCGUUUCUUACUGAAAGAAACAUUGAAUCAGCUGCAGUCUCUCCAGAACUCCCUGGAUUGUGCCAUGGAAACCACAGAGGAGCAAACUCGUCAAGAAAGACAAGGACCAGCAAAGCCAGAGGUGUUCUCAAUUCAGUGGCCAGGAAAACGUUCAAAUCGAAGAUUUCAGAGGAACAGUAGUUUAUCACCAAACAGUCCUCAUUUAAAUAUAGGUUGGUUAGAGGAAGACAACCAAUGGAUGACCCAGAUAAACAGACUCCAGAAGCUGAUUGACAGGCUGGAAAAGAAGGAUCUAAAGCUUGAGCCACUGGAAGAAGAGAUUUUGGAAGGAAACACAAAAUCUCACAUAAUGAUUGUUCAGCGUCAAAUGUCUGUGCUAGAGGAAGAACUAGAAGAAUUCCGACUUGCUCUGAAACAGUAUGUGGAAUCUGCAUCUACUCGGACUGGAUGUUUGCAUGUUUCCAUACAGAAGCUUUCAAGCGAAUCCCGCUUCAUCAUUUAUGAGUUCUGGGAGAACAGCAGUGCCUGGAAUAGUCAUCUCCAAAUGAACUACAGCAAGACAUUCCAAAGGAGUAACGUGGACUUCUUGGAGACUCCAGAACUCAUGACAACUAUGCUAGUACCUGCUUCAUGGUGGGUCCUGAACAACAACUAGAAGCUUUCAUUGUGGGUCCAAGUAAUGGUAAAUGUUAUAUUUGCAUUCAAACAGCAUCCAUACACCAGUCGAUAGUGCUACAGCUAAUGGACUGUGAUGUAACAUUGUUUAUCAUACGCACAAUCUUUUCCAUUUUAAAAUAUGGAAAAAUUAUGUAUGCGUUAUAUUAUCUCCUUGUGACUAUUUUGGUGAACCAUUUUUACAAGCUUACGUAAGGAUACUUAUGGCCCUACUAAAUUGCUAGAUGUGUGUGUGUACGCGCGCGUGCGUGCUCAAGCCAGCCAAAUUAUUGGACAGAAAUAUGUCUCAUAAAAAUGGUCAGUAUAUGUGAGUGUUAAGUACUGGUUUUGA